AUGCAAAUGGCUCGAUAUCCCGUACAUUGGCACCUGGCAGGGGAUGUGAAGAGCCGCGCCACGCUGCGGAACAGCUCCCUGCACCACAACUUCCAGCGCUGCGUUACGCUGCAUGGCACGGCCAAUGCUGAAGUGCAGCAAAAUGUGUGUUAUGAGACCUUUGGCCACGCAUUCUACCUGGAAGAUGGCAUUGAAACGGGCAACGUCUUCGAGAAGAACCUGGUCGCGUCCAUUCGCCCGGGAGGAUCGCUCUGCAGUGAUUGGCAGGUGGCUUCAGGACCCAGGUCUAAUCUGCAGUUGGGGCCCAGCGGAUUUUGGAUCACCAAUCCAAACAAUAGUUUCAUUGAGAACCAUGUGGUGGAUGCCAACACGGGCUACUGGUUCACCUUCCUCGGCUCCAAUAAUGGCGCCAGCGGAAGAUAUUUCCAGGACCCCAGGAGCGGCCAAGGUUCAGGCAGUUGGUGGUUCCAACAAGAACAGGCACGAACGCCUGUGAAAGCCUUCAGAGGAAACGCUGUGACCAGUGCCAGACGUGGGAUCCACAUCGAUGGUCGCGUGACUGGCUCGGAGGAUGCGACCUCUCUGGGACCUGUCGUGCGGAUCACUGUGCCACCUGUUCAGGCUCAUAUCGAUGGCCCCAUCGCUUCAGAGGCUCGAGCGAUUUGGACCUCUGGAGGCUACAUCCAUUUCAAGCGUGCCAUCUUCUACAACGUGCGUGUGGCAGCAGCUGGAAUGCCUGAACUCAGCAGCGGCUGCUUCAGGAUCUUGGAUGAAUCUCCCCCUGGCUUUGUCAUGGCAUUUACGGAGUCCUUGUUCAUCAGUGGUCCGUUUUCAGAGACCUUCUUCCAACUUUACGACGGAGGGAUCCAGGUUCUACACAGUCGUUGGAUUUUUGGAGAGGGCACCAGGAAGGACUUUGCCGUGGCGAAGCCUAAGUGCGCCUUUGGAGGGAAUGGCAAUCCCGUGUAUCUGCUGGGUAGUAGGCCUUUGUUGCCGAAGGAAGCUGCGGAUUCGCAGCGCUUUGCGUGGGCGAAGGACUUGAUUCCACUGGACCAUGGAUUGUCGAUUUCUAGACCUGAUAGUUUCCAGGCUCAUUUGGCCAACUUCCAAUGUAUAGCCUGGGCUUCGCCCUACAUCAACGGCUCCUACCUGUACUUCGCCGAUGGCCUUGGUGAUACCAUUCCCACCAUCAUCGCGCCGGCCAUGGAGGCUGUGGACGGCAUGCAGCGCAUCAGAGGUGAAGAACGAUGCGCGAAAUUCUUGCAAAGGACAGCGCCUCGUUUCUUCUGCGGCCCCGCCUUCGGCAGUUACGGCCUCGCCUGCGGCAGCCGGCCCUGGCUGCAGUGCCCGGGCGCGGUGCGCAACGCGGAGCGCUGGAUGCUCCAACUGGAGCCAUGGCGCUCCCGAAACACCCUGGGCGAAGCGGCGGAAACUUGGGAAACUUGGACCUGGAAACGGAGAUUUGGCAGAUGGUCAAUGGGAAUUUCAGGAUCCUAA